AUGGGUCUGAUCGAAAAGCCCAACGAUCCGCAUGGGCUGACGCUCGAAGCAUGGGCUCAGUUGAUCUUUGGUUUAUUCCAAGGAACAUUCAUCUUUCCUGACCCACCAUACUAUGGAUGGUAUGAAUCUGUGGGAGCUUUGUUCCUCAACAUCAGUUGGAGCCUCCACAAUGUCAUUUCAUGGAUGAAGAACAAACCCUUCCUGAGCCAGAAGAUGUCAAUGAUCUAUAUCGGCACUGUCAUCAUGGUGCAGCCCUACUGGGUCGCUGAAAUCACUGCAAACUUUCUUUACUUCAACAACAUCAACCACAAGGUUUUUGAACAUCUCCGACCCUUCGAGGCGUUGUUCAGAGAUCCUUGGUGGAUCUUUACGAUCCUUAAUCUCGUCUACAACAUCAAGAANAGAUACGAUUUCGGCUUCAUCGAGCUCGUCCGCAUCUCUCCUCGCUUUGGCAUCCUUCUCGUCGUAAUGACUCUCUCGGUCUUGUUCCUCUUCGUCGAUAUUCUCAGCGUCACCCAUGUAAUCUCCAGCAAAGGAUUACCCGACGGCAUCAACCCAUUCUGGAAACUCUCGUUUAUCUUCAAGUGUAUGACCGACACGGUUAUUCUUGACGACUUCAAAACAGCCCUGGACAAAAUGAAAGAUUACAGACUCAGAAGGGUCACGAGUUAUGUGGACAACUAUGAUAAUGCCGAAAGAGGGUCUACAGAACCCAUUACUGUUCGCACAACAGUCACACAACACGAGCACUAUGAGAACAGGAUGAGGAACUUUGACGACAGCAGUAUGGCUGGGAAGGACUGGGCGACUCGUUCUCAUAUUGAACAAGUUGAGCUUGAAGAGGUCACACCGCCGCCGACGAUUCGAACACAGAUUGGUUAA